GUGUUGGGUUCACAGCCGCCCACCAGCCUGAACACACAACAUUGAGAAAGAACAAGGUCCAGUGAGACUGACAGAAACUUGAACUAACAGUGUCUGAAGGUGAGCGAUGGAGCUGAAGGUGUGGGUGGAUGGUGUGGUCAGAGUGGUCUGCGGCCUAUCGCUGACCACUUCCUGCCAGGAUGUCGUCAUAGCUCUCGCACAAGCAAUUGGUCAGACGGGUCGUUACAUUCUCAUCUUAAAGCUACGUGGGACCGAGAGACAGCUAGUUGCUGACGACUGUCCUCUCCAGCAUCUGGCUCAGCUGGGCCAGCUGGGUGCGGAGGUCCAGUUCGUUCUGCGGAGGACCGGUCCCAGCCUCAGUGACGGUCCAGACACACUCUCCAGAGAGAGACAUCUUCCCCUGCCCAGACCCUCAGAACCAGAGCCCCUUAAACGUAAGGAGCCACAGAAGGCUCUCACCUUCAGUCUGGGUCCCUCAACAUUUCCCAGGAGGACUAAACAAAACAGGGCCUGGUCUCCGUCGCCCCGAGCCUCCCCAGAACCGAGAGCUUCCCCAGUCUCUUUCCUAGACCCCCUCUCUUCCUCAGCCAAAGAGGAGGCGUUCAGGCAGAUUCUGCAGCAACAGAGGAGGCUACAGGACCUGGAGAUCCAGCUUCAAGCUCUGGAGAGAGAGACAGAGGUGAGAGAGCAGGAGACUUUAUCUGCUCCAGCUCCCAGUCUGGUCCCCGCAGGACAACUGGAGGAGCUGGAGCGGCGGCUGAGGCAGAACGAGGCAGAACUGAUGCACCCGGAGCACUGGGAGGACCAGCUGCAGGAGGAGAUGGACAGAGAACAAGAAAUGCACAAACGUCUACACCAGAUACACUCAUCAGUGGAGGAUCACAGCUAUCAGAUCAGAGAUCUCCGAGCCCGGUCUGCACAUCUAGAACAGGACCUAAAACUCAUAGCCCACAGGAACAGCACUCGGGCGGGCCCUCGGCAGCCGGAUGAGGCCCUGGAGCCCCUGAAGCAGGAGCUCCACCACCGCCGGCAGCAGGGAGAAGAACUGGAUGCAAUGCUGACAGAGACACAGAGGGAGCUGCGAGCUGCAGAGGAAAAGCUACAGGACAGAUAUCAGAUGAUUGAGGAGCUGAAUAAGGAGCUGAGACAGUGUAAUCUGCAGCAGUUUAUCCAGCAGACCGGCAGUCCACACGCAGACCAGACCAACUCCCUGCCCUUCACCGACGUUUACCUCAGCAACGCUGGUAUAAUGGAGUAAGACCCCAAACACCGUACGUCUUCAGAUUGUGUAAAAGGAUUAUUACCAGCAGUUUAUACAUCUUUUACUUGAGUAGAAGUUGUACCAACGUACCAACAAAGUGUCAAGUGAAAGUCGUGCUCUCUCGGUUUUUAGUGAAUGUACACAGGUAUCAAAAUAAAAUAACUGAAGAAGAGUCGGGUUUAGUCACACUGGCAAAAGAAGCAACCCAACAAAUAAAUUUUUUAUACCGUUUUGCGGGUGGAGUAAGAAGUACAAUAUUUCCCUCUGAAAUAUGAAGAAGGAAAAACACAGAUGAAAAACACAGAUGAAAAACACAGAUGUGUAACACUGCCAUUUUCUCUGUUUCUACUGCAGGACUUCAUAGACUGAAAGUAAAACCUGUUCUCUGAAACCUUUAAGGACCGUCCAGACCCAGAUCCUACUGUGUGUGUGUGUGUGUGUGUGUGUGUGUGUGUGUGUGUGUGUGUGUGUGUGUGUGAGUGAUAAGCCAAUCACUGCCAGGUUCUCUGUAAAAGUAUUUUUGAAAUAAAAUAAAACAAACUUUGAUGCUACUGACAAAAAAAUAAUAUUUUUAUAUGUACAUGUUGUUAAUAUUUCCCAUUUAAA